AUGUCCUUCCAAUAUCUGAUUUCACCAGUUUUACCUCCUCGAGUUUGUAGACUAUGCAAAUCACCAACCAAUCUUUUGAAAUCAAUUCAAAAACCUCUCCAAAUUGGUAUCAAACAUUCAAUAGGAAAAUCUACAAAUUUUGACUUAUCUCAAUACACAUCAUCUUUUUCAACUAUAAAUACAUCGGCUCAAGUCACUUCUUCAUCUAACUCUUCAAUCAAACCUUCUUCAAUUGGAAUACUUGAUUCUAAUCAUCAUAUAGGCUUUGCCACAAUACUUACAAGACCGAGUUCAACAGAUGAAGAUUAUGACGAGAUUCAUGAAAAGUUGUCAUCCACAGAAGCUGAAGAAGGAAAAUUGGAUCAAAAUCCAUCAAUUUUAUUACGAUUAGCUGUUGAAUGUGGUGAGUGUCAUGGAUUUCAAUAUAAGAUGAAUUUUCCAGAUGUGAUUGACUCAGAUGAUGAGUCAGUUUGA